AGUGCAAGUGAGGUCGGUCUUUUCCCUUCGCCUGUUGGUCGGACUUGCCCGCUGCUGUGCGAGUUUUUUCGGAGCCCCCCCCCACCCCGGGGAGAGAUUUCAUCGCUUGUCCGUUUAACUCCCUGCCUGGAAACAUAGCCAUUCUCGAUCAUGAGAAUUGCCGCCAUCUUCCCAGAGCCCGGCUCUUGCCUUCUCCUUUUUCUGAUAUCCUCUUUUUUUCAUCCAACACAAAGUGAAAUAACAAGCCUUGACAGUGGAAAUAUAGAUGAUGUUUUAAACAAUGCAGAUGUUGCAUUAGUGAAUUUUUAUGCUGAUUGGUGCCGAUUCAGUCAAAUGCUACAUCCUAUAUUUGAGGAAGCUUCUAAUGUAAUUAAAGAGGAUUUUCCAAAUAAGAAUCAAGUUGUAUUUGCCAGAGUAGAUUGUGAUCAGUACUCUGACAUAGCUCAAAGAUAUAGGAUAAGUAAAUAUCCAACCUUGAAGUUGUUUCGGAAUGGAAUGAUGAUGAAGAGAGAGUAUCGAGGUCAGAGAUCAGUGACAGCAAUAGCAGAUUAUAUCCGGCAGCAGAAAAGCAAUCCAAUUAGAGAAGUACUAAGCUUGGAAGAAAUUAACUCUCUUGAUCGCAAUAAGAGAAACAUUAUUGGCUAUUUUGAACAAAAAGAUUCUGAUAAUUACAGGAACUUUGAAAGAGUAGCAAAUGUUUUGCAUGAUGACUGUGUCUUCCUAGCUGCAUUUGGGUCUGUUUCCAAACCAGAAAGAUUUAGUGGGGACAACAUAAUAUAUAAGCCAACAGGGGAAAAUGCUCCAGAUAUGGUUUACUUGGGUUCUAUGACUAAUUUUGACUUGGCUUACGCAUGGACUCAGGACAAGUGUGUUCCUCUUGUUCGCGAAAUUACAUUUGAAAAUGGAGAGGAAUUGACAGAAGAGGGUCUUCCUUUCCUUAUACUCUUUCAUAUGAAAGAUGAUACAGAAAGUUUAGAAAGGUUCCAGCAGGAAGUUGCACGACAGUUAAUAAGUGAAAAAGGUACAAUAAACUUUUUACAUGCUGAUUGCGACAAGUUCAGACAUCCUUUGCUCCACAUUCAGAAGAGUCCAGCAGAUUGUCCUGUUAUUGCUAUUGAUAGUUUUAGACAUAUGUAUGUUUUUUCAGACUUCAGUGAUUUGGCUGUUCCUGGUAAACUCAAGCAAUUUGUACUAGAUUUGCACUCUGGAAAAUUGCACCGAGAGUUUCAUCAUGGUCCGGAUCCAACAGAUGUAGCACCUGGUCAGCCACUCCAGGACAUAGUAAGCAGCCCACCAGAGAGUUCAUUUCAGAAGUUAGCUCCUAGUGGACAUAGGUACACCUUAUUGCGGGAAAAAGAUGAACUCUGAAGACUUGACAACGACGUUCAGUCAGCAGUUGUAACUCCUGUGGGGUGGAAAUAGGAAACCUAUAUUUUCUUAAAUUCUGUUUGUUUUAUUUUGAAUAAUAUCUUUGUUUUUCUGUGCUCCCUGGGGUUUGUAAAUAAUGUGUGGGCCACUUUUGGACAGCAUCUUUCCAAAGUUUUUCUUGCUGCAAAUUGAUGUAAAACUUUUCUAAACAAAUGAAAGUGUUGUCAAUACCAGCAACAUGCUGUUAACUUGCACUAUCCAAUUAAACAGGACUUUUAGUUUUUCAUUGUUGUAAUCUGGUGGUAUGAUUGUCUUAUCUUUUUCCUCAAGUGAACAUAAUUUUUUAAUUUGCUAUUGAAGGAAUAUCCUGAAUACUUGGGUGGGGAAUAAAUUGCAGUUUUACAGAAUUUGUAUGAUGCUACCUCACUUACUUUUACCAUAUAAUUCAUUUUAAAGUGGGAAUGAAAUGGAAAAAGUGUUCAGUGGGGCUCAUUCUCAUUUGUUGAAGUAUUUGUGGCAAUGAUGGAAAACUGUUAAACACACAUCUUUUAGCUUAAAAAGCAAAAUCCCAAUAAAUAGAUUUUGGAGGAGUCCCUCCUCACAUCCCUUUUAUUAGAACUGUGCAUUUAUUUCUUUUUAAGCAGUUAUUAACCUAACCUAAUGUUCUCUUAUCCCAUGACUCUAAUUAUGAAUACUCAUAUGUUGAUGAAGUAAUAAUGGAUAGAAAUACCACUGUCUGCAAAAACAACAUUUUUGUCAUUUAUAAAUAGAUGCAUAAUAACAUUUUAAUGUUCAAAACAUUUUUGAGACUAUAAUAGAAAACAUUAGGAAAAAAUCAUUAGAGGGAUCUUUUUAAAGUCCAGAAGGUGGCAGCAUGUGGCCAAUCUUGAAAUAUGAUCUCGUUAAUAUUUGAACAGUAGACCACCAAGAAAUUCCAAGGCUAUAGUUAGUCUGGGAAGUUGGAAAAUACAAGUGGAAGAAAACAAUUUCAAUAUUAUCAUAUUGUUACCGAGAAAAAUAUGUGGCAAUGGAACCACACUCAAUUUAAAAAUAGUUUUAAAUAUAAUGAUGUUGUUAUUGGGUCAUUGGUGUGCUCUGAGCUUGGUUGUUUCUUUGUAGACAUUUCAGUACUCAUCUAGGUAACAUCAUUAGUGCUAGUUAAUAUGAGGAAUGUGAAUGGAAUGGGGCAAACCUUCUCUUGUCUACAGGCAAACAACAAGAGCACCAAGGACUUUACAGUUCAAUCUUAUGCUACAUAUAUUCUGUUCUGUUAUUGUUAUAUUAAUUGCUUGUUUAAUAAAAUUUUGACUCUUCAGAAUCAACUUUAUUUAGAACAAAACUACAGUUACGAUAAUAUAACUAUAUAUCAGUAUGUUUGGUGAUGAGGCAGAGACUGAUCAGAAUUUCUAAAAUUAAAAGAAUCUUGAGGUUUUUAAAAAGUGUGCAAAGUACUGAAACUUUAGUAUGUAAUCCCGAAACAGAGUCCUAAUUUAUACUAUACAAUCAACAAAUUUCUAAGUUUCUUCCUAUUUUCAAGAUCAGAGUUUGUCCUAGAAUACAUGAAAUUACUGUAUUUCCUUCACAAAUAAAUAGAUUUGAACUAUUGAUAGUUGUGGAUUUCCAUAAUACAGGGCUAAAGUGCUUCCCCUUAAUUCAGAUUAUGUUUUCAAAUAAAUCAGAUUCAUUCUAAUAUUUUGAAUUGACAUAUUUCUUCAAUUACAGCAUGCUUUUACUUGUUGUACUAGUGUCCAUGUGUUAAAAUGUAUGGUAAUAAAUAGUUAUUAGCAUUUUUCAACCAUUUUUUUCAUGCAAACUGUUAAAUAUCAAAUAAUUUUGAAGAACAUAAUAAUGCUUGCUCAGUAGGCAACACUGCAAUUACCAGUGCCACUGUAUGCAUGCUCCAAAUGAUGUCUACGGGACACCCAGAUUUUUAAAAAUUCAAAUUUUAGCCUUUUAAAACAUUUUUUAGUUUUGAUGCCUGUAUCGCAGACUGUAACUCAUAAGUUGUGAAGUACUAAAACCCAUGCAGUUAACUAUUGAAUAAAAAAGGAGAAAUUUGGA